GCAGUUGUCAUUUGUCAUCUGCCAAAGUCAAACUACCGCCUGAAAUAAUUUAUCAACAAGGGGUUCCUGAAAUAUAAUCAAUUUAAUCACGAAAAUAUUAGAUUUACUGUGAUAAAAGGACAUUCUGAUAAGUUAAAGUUAGAACACUAAGGUGUACAUAACAAAAAUGAACUCUAUAUUAAGAACAGCGAGACCUUUUUGCCGAUUUUUAUCGACUACUGCAGUGAACCAGUGCGCCCAGCCUCCAAAGUUGAAGCCAAAAACAUUCAUAGGUCCUAUAACAUGGAAGUCCAUGACUGUAACUGCGGUAGUGGGUGGUGGGUUAACAGCUUUCAUAUUGUACGUAAGAAAAGAAAAACAAGAGGCAAUGGAUCGGGAAAGGAAGAAGCAACUUGGUAAAGCCAAGAUAGGUGGCUCAUUCGAGCUCGUCGAUUCAGAGGGUAAAAAAGUGAAGAACACUGAUUUUCUUGGAAAAUGGUUGUUAAUAUAUUUUGGCUUUACACAUUGUCCUGACAUUUGUCCAGAUGAGCUGGAAAAGUUAGCAGAAGUUGUAGAUAAACAUGACAAGACUCCUUCAUCACCGCCUUUGCAGCCAUUAUUUAUAUCAGUUGAUCCUACAAGAGAUACACCUGAAAUUGUAGGAAAGUACUGCAAAGAAUUCACUCCAAGACUUUUAGGUCUUACUGGAACCAAAGAGCAAGUGCAACAGGCAUGCAAAUCCUAUAGAGUGUAUUUUAGUGCAGGUCCACAAGAUGUUGAUGAAGAUUAUAUUGUUGAUCAUACAAUUAUAAUAUACCUGGUAAAUCCCGAGGGCGAAUUUGUUGACUAUUAUGGACAAAACAGAAAUGCAAAGGAGAUCCAUGAUUCAAUACUUGUAAAUAUUAUGAAAUAUGAAGCUGGGAAGAAGUCAUCGUGGUUUUAAGAUAUUAAAGCAUUUAUUUUAUUAGUGAUAGAAAUGUAAAAGUUUACU